GUAGACCGUUAUUCCAUCAGCAGGCGAACAGCACUUCGAACAGGACUAGGUGAUGGAACAGCAGGAGGGCGGGGUGUGCGCUGCGUUGUUGACUUUGCUUCUUUCAAUGGGAUUUCGUUUAAUGGAGUUAAGGGCGACUGGUGAAGAUUAUACCUUGGGAACGGGAGUGAGAAUAGGUAUUCCGUCGUCGUAUGAGGCUUCAGAAGAACAACCAAUAAUACUGGGAGGAGGCUUGACCUUGCGUUUCCAUCAUGACUAUAAUACAAAAACCCGCUAAGUCGGCGUUCGUUGUAGUGGUAGGUAGUGUACAUUUCUAACAUCUGU